AUGUCAUCCACUUGCGGCACACCGCUUGCAGCCACGAGGACGUCUCCUGUGGAAGAGGACAGCUACUAUGCCUUCGGUGCGUGUGGGUCCGACCAGCGGCUGACGGUCCACGAGCGGACUCCAUUCCCCGUGGACUACUUCACUUCGUGCAUGACGUCGCCUGUGCGGGCCGCCCUGGCGUUUUAUACCGCCAAGGGCAACCGGCUCACCGCACACAUCGAUGCAAAACUGCUCGAUGACAUACCCGUAUGUGACGCCCAACACACACCCAUGGUGCACGUCUGCAGGCACUCAACCAUCUCUCUCUCUCUGUGUGUGUGUCUCUCUCUCUGUGUGUGUGUGCAGGGCCGCAUAGAUCAGCGCAAAACCCCUUUGGGCGAGCUGCAGUGGAUCCUGACGUCGAUAACUGAGGCCAUCGCGUGGAACACAUUUGACCUGGCUCUCUUCCAGCAGCUGCAUCGCGACACUGUUCAAUUGACACCGUUCCGCAACUUCCUCGUGGCCAACCGCAUCCUGAGGUCCCUCGGGCUGACCCCCGUGUCGCGGCCAGUGCUGCCUGACACACCUGCACCCCCUCUGGGAUGUGUGGGACGCUGUUGCCGAGCACGUUGUGCUCCAGCUGCCCACGCUCAUGCAACACCCGGAAACUGCAGAGGUGAGGUCGGCCAGGUGGCACACGAUCCAUCGUUGGUUGGGUCGGUACACAACACACAUCGGUAGACAGGGACAGACAGGGGUUGCCGUUGGUGUUGCUGGCUGCAGGCCAACUAUCGUCCGAGUGCCUUCUACGAGCAGCAGAUGCUGGCCUUCUCUGUGUGGCUGCGGGGCAGCGACGGGGACG